UUUUUUUUUUCUUACCUUUUUUCGUCCCUCCUCCCGUCUUCCCAGAGUCUCCCUAGGAUUUCCUCUGCCGCCGGAAAAUGGACGCACUCGACUCCGUCGUCAAUCCGCUCAGGGAAUUCUCCAAGGACAGCAUUCGCCUUGUCAAGAGGUGCCAUAAGCCAGACAGGAAAGAGUUCACGAAAGUCGCGUUCAGGACCGCGAUCGGGUUUGUAGUGAUGGGAUUCGUGGGUUUCUUCGUCAAGCUGAUAUUCAUUCCCAUCAACAACAUCAUCGUCGGAUCGGGUUAGGUAGGCGCGUCUCGAAGAGUUCGUGGAUCAUGUUUGCCUUUUGGGGUUUCCUCGAUUCGGCCCAAUUUUUUGUUCUUGCCGUGUGUUUUGAUGAGCUUCCCGCUGUGGAAGAAUGAAAGUAUAAUUCUAGUCGAUUGUGCAUUCGAUCUUAUACAAUAACUUGCUGCCUCUUUCAUAGUCACCGAAAAGAUUUGUCUAAAUUACUCUAUGUUGAUACGGCAAGAACGGAAUCCGUGCAAUUAUGUCUUCCUGUACCAUAACCUUGCUUCGUAGCUGUCUAAGAGAUUUGUCUAAGUUACUCUAUUUUAAUGAGGGAAAUCUUUCUUGUUCAAUUCAAAAUA